AUGUCCCAAGUAUCUUUCCAAUCGCAGCAAACCGCGCCGGUAUCAUCCGGUCUUGACCUGAACAAUAUCCAGGGCGAUGUCAUAAUUGGCCUGCCCAAGAAAGUUGAGGAAUGCAUCUUCCUUGACAUCACAGAUGUCGAUUGUUUCCGGAAAUGCUUGAAGCAGAUCGCGCCUCUGAUCACCAGCACGAGUCAAGUCCAAGCCGACCUUGCGAGUAUCGCAGCCAGCAAGAAGAAGGCAGCCGCUGAAGGACAUCCGCCUCCUCUGCUACCCAUCGUCGGCACCAACAUCUCCUUCUCCCACUGGGGCCUUCAGAAGCUCGGUGCCAAUGACGACUUCCAUGAUACCGCAUUCACGAACGGCCAGUUCAAGGACGCCAAGGAUAAUUGGGCGACCCGACGGACGCCCAGGGUAAUCCUGAUUGACGCCCUGAUUCUGAUCACUGGCGAGCGUUGGUCUACCGUCGACCAUCGUCGUGCGGAAAUCUUCGAUAUAUUCAAGAUCGGCCAUGGACACGCAUGCGCUAAAGUUGUAUUCACCGACAAGUGUCAGGUUCGUCCUGGUGCAGAGAAGGGCCAUGAGCACUUCGGUUUCCAGGAUGGUAUCAGCCAGGUAAACAGCUGGAUUUCCAAGUCGUACGACUUGUUUCUUACUAGUACAAUAGCCUGCCAUCGACGGCGUCGAAAAACCGUCCCCGGCGGCAACCUCAUCGCCCCGGGAAAUGUUCUGUUUGGCGAGCCCGUUGGUCAAACCUCCAAGCCCCAGAACGCGGGCCUGACGCCGGACUGGGCUAAGGACGGCUCGUUCCUCGUCUUCCGCCACUUCCAGCAGCUCGUGCCGGAAUUCAACCAAUUCCUCAAUGUCCACGCGAUCAACGACCCCGGUCUCACGCAGGAGCAGGGCGCGGAGCUCCUCGGUGCUCGCUUCUUCGGCAGGUGGAAGGACGGCACGCCGACCGACCUUUCUCCCACCCACCCAGACCCUGCGUUAGCGAAGGACCCGCAGAGGAACAACAACUUCGAUUUCUCUGAUGUCAAGGACCAGAGCAAGUGCCCUUUCGCAGCGCACGUCCGCAAGACCAACCCUCGCAGCGACCUGCCUCCCAACUCAUUCGACAACAGACGCAUCAUCCGCCAAAGCAUCACCUUCGGGCCGGAGCUCACCCCCGAGGAGAUCAGAGACUCGAAGACGCACCACAAGCGCGGCCUUGCCUUCGUCUGCUACCAGGCGAGCAUCGUCGACGCUUUCCAGUUCUUGCAGCAGUCCUGGGCGGGCAACCCCAACUUCCCGCCGGGGAAGAACGUGAGCAUCGGCCUCGAUCCCAUCAUUGGUCAGAAUGGGAACAACAGCCGGAAUAUGUUCGGCUCGGACCCUCUCAAUCCGGGUACGGACCUUACGCUUCCCUUCGAUUUUGUAGUCCCGAAGGGAGGCGAGUAUUUCUUCGCGCCGAGCAUCAGUGCUCUCAAGGAAACCCUAGCGCUCUAA